AUGGAGGAGGAGGUGGUUGCGCUGAUCGUCGGCGCCGGUCCGGCGGGGAUGGCCGCGGCGGCGUGCCUCGGCCGGCGCUCCGUGCCCUACGUCGUCGUCGAGCGCGAGGGCUGCAGCGCGUCGCUGUGGCGCCGCCGCGCCUACGACCGCCUCAAGCUCCACCUCGCCAAGGAGUUCUGCGCGCUGCCGCACGCGCCGUUCCCGGACGGCGCCCCGACCUACGUCCCCAAGCGGGAGUUCGUCGCGUACCUCGACGCCUACGCCCAGCGCUUCGGCAUCGAGCCCAGGUACAGCACGUCGGUCGAGUCGGCGGCGUACGACGAGGGCGCCGGCCGGUGGGUCGUCGCCGCGCGCGACACGGCGGCCGGCACGGUGGUCCGGUACGCGGCGAGGUUCCUGGUCGUGGCCACCGGCGAGAACGCCGUGGGGAGCGUCCCGGAGAUCCCCGGGAUGGAGAGCUUCCCCGGGGAGGCUGUCCACUCCUCGGCCUACAAGUCUGGAGGAAGGUAUGCUGGCCAGAGGGUGCUCGUGGUGGGCUGUGGCAACUCCGGCAUGGAGAUCGCCUAUGAUCUUGCAACCCAUGGCGCCGACACCUCCAUUGUCGUUCGCAGUCCGGUACACAUAAUGACGAAGGGAUUGAUCCGUUUAGGAAUGACCUUGGUCCAACAUGUACCUGUUACCAUAGUGGAUUGUCUUAUAGUGAACAUAGCCAGUUUCAUAUUUGGGGAUCUAUCCAGGCAUGGCAUUGUGAGGCCUAAACCUGGCCCUCUCGUCCUCAAAUCUAAAACUGGUAGAUCAUCUGUAAUUGAUGUCGGGACAGUGGGGUUAAUCAAGAAAGGCAUUAUCAAGGUGUUUGGCGGGAUAACGAAGAUCAUUGGAAACAAAGUUGAAUUCGAAGAUGGGAAGGAGGGUUCAUUUGAUGCUAUUGUGUUUGCAACAGGCUACAAAAGCACCGUGAAUUUGUGGCUCAAGGAUGACAAGCGCAUGCUGAACGACGAUGGGCUUCCUGAGAAAGGUUAUCCCAAUCAUUGGAAAGGCGAAAACGGCCUCUACUGCGCGGGUUUUUCGAGGAGAGGACUGGCUGGUAUUUCUAUGGAUGCAAAGAACAUCGCCAAUGACAUCGCUGGAAACUUUUUGUCUGGUUAA